AUGGAAACGACACUACCCUUCCCCUUCCUUAUCAGCGUGGCCGUCCCGCCCGGUCUGGCGAAGCUGGAUGGCCUCGACCGUGAACAGGUCUCGGUACUUGGCGCUCCCUUCUUUGAGGCCAACGACCAGACCCUGGAAAAGUUCCAUCGCUUUCUGAAGCAGCACAACGCAGAGUUCCGAGGCUACUUUGACGUCACGGGCAUCACGUCGAAGGACGACGUCGUCUCCCUGCUCGAUGCCGGUGCCCGCAUGGUUUUCGUUGCGCCCGAGGACCUGUCUCAGUACGAGGAAUUCGGAUCCCGGGUGGGCUCUGUCCUCAAGACGGCCGACGUCACCACCACGGCUGCUUCCAAGCAUGCCGUACUUGUCAAUGACUUCGACUCAACCAAGUGCGACCUGGGCUCAUUCAUUGAGCGCUGCAAGGCGGAGAAGCUGCCUAACCUCUUUAUCAAGCCGAUCCCGGAGACUAACCUUGAGCACUUUGUCGACAUUGCCAAGCAGUGCAACGCAAUCCCCAUCCUGCCUUCCGACGGCCUGACUGCUUCUAAGGAGGAAGCCAAGAAGCUUUCCCUUAGCAAGCUCAUUUCUUCGUUCUGGAAGUCGGACCGCCCGGACGGCCUUAUCCCCACUGUCGUGUGCGAUGAGUCUGGCACUGCUUUGGGGUUGGCAUACAGCAGCGCCGAGAGCGUUGGUGAGGCCGUCCGCACUCGCACCGGCAUCUACCAGAGCCGCAAGCGCGGCCUCUGGGUUAAGGGUGCCACCUCUGGCGAUACUCAGGAGCUCGUACGCAUCGGUCUUGACUGUGACAACGACACGCUCAAGUUUGUCGUCAAGCAGACCGGCCGCUUCUGCCACUUGGACCAGCACGGCUGCUUCGGUGACCUGACUGGUAUCCCCCGUCUCGAGCAGACCCUUCAGUCACGCAAGAAGUCCGCCCCUGCAGGCUCGUACACUGCACGUCUCUUCUCUGAUGAGAAACUUCUUCGCGCCAAGAUCAUGGAGGAAGCCGAGGAGCUCUGCGAUGCCAAGACCCAAGAAGAAAUUGCCUUCGAAGCUGCUGACCUGAUUUACUUUGCCCUCGCCAAGGCUGUCAGCGCCGGUGUUAGCCUGGCUGACAUCGAGAGGAAUCUUGACGCCAAGGCGUUCAAGGUUAAGAGGAGGACCGGUGACGCCAAGGGCAAGUGGGCGGAGAAGGAGGGCAUCAAGACUACUCCUGCUCCCGCAGCGGCACCUGCACCGGCACCUGCAGCCAAGGAGGAGGAGUCUGACAGGAUAACGAUGCGCAGAUACGACCUUGCAAAGUCUUCACCUGCUGAGAUCGACGACGUCCUGAGGCGCCCUUCACAAAAGUCUCCCGACGCCAUCUUGAACAUCGUCAAGCCCAUCAUUGACGAGGUUCGGAAAGGAGGCGACAAGGCCGUCCUGUCCUACACUCACAGGUUUGAGAAGGCUACUUCUCUGACUUCCCCCGUACUCAAGGCUCCCUUCCCCAAGGAGGCUAUGCAGUUGUCACCAGAGUCCAUCAAAGCCAUUGAUAUUUCGUUCGAGAACAUCCGCAAGUUCCAUGCUGCCCAAAAAGAAGACAAGCCCUUGAAGGUUGAAACCAUGCCCGGUGUUGUCUGCAGCCGCUUUUCUCGACCUAUUGAGAGAGUCGGUCUUUACGUCCCUGGUGGUACUGCUGUUCUUCCCAGCACUGCUUUGAUGCUGGGUGUUCCUGCCAUGGUCGCCGGCUGCCAAAAGAUUGUUUUCGCAUCCCCGCCACGUGCUGAUGGCAGCCUUACUCCCGAGAUUGUCUACGUUGCCCACAAGGUCGGCGCUGAGAGUAUUGUUCUUGCUGGUGGUGCCCAGGCCGUCGCCGCCAUGGCGUACGGUACUGAGAGCAUCACCAAGGUCGACAAGAUUCUUGGCCCCGGAAACCAGUUUGUCACCGCCGCCAAGAUGUUCGUCAGUAACGACACCAACGCUGGUGUAAGCAUUGACAUGCCCGCCGGCCCCUCUGAGGUUCUUGUCAUCGCCGACAAGGACGCCAACCCAGCUUUCGUCGCCUCCGACCUUCUCUCCCAGGCUGAACACGGUGUCGACAGUCAGGUCGUGUUGAUUGCCAUUGACCUGAACGAAGCGCAACUACAGGCCAUCGAGGACGAACUUCACGAGCAGGCCAUGGCCCUGCCGCGUGUUGAUAUUGUCCGAGGAUCCAUCGCCCACUCUGUUACCAUCCAAGUCAAGACUGUUGAGGAGGCCAUGCGCAUCAGCAACGACUACGCGCCUGAACACUUGAUUCUUCAGCUCAAGGAUGCGGAGAAGGUGACUGAGCAGGUUAUGAACGCCGGCAGUGUUUUUAUUGGCGAGUGGACGCCUGAGAGCGUGGGUGACUACUCCGCUGGUGUGAACCACUCUCUGCCCACUUAUGGAUACGCCAAGCAGUACUCUGGAGUCAACCUUGCCUCCUUCGUCAAGCACAUUACCAGCUCCAACCUGACGGCUGAGGGUCUGCGCAACGUCGGUGAUGCGGUCAUGCAGCUCGCCAAGACCGAGGCUUUGGAGGCUCACCGCAGAGCUGUGGAGAUUCGCAUUGAGUACAUGAACCGCAAGUAG